AUGGCCCUGCUGCCUCAGCAUCCUCGACUGUGCGGGCUGAUGUACGGGUGUAUCUGUUUUUCUGUGCUGGGGCCACUGACAGCGGUCGACCCUGGCAGUAGCACACAGAAGACUGAGGGAGUUGUAAAUUCGCUGCAACAACAGACACAAGCUACAUCUCCUCCAGUUCCUGAACCUCACACGCUCACUACUGUGGCUCAAGCAGAUCCUCUUAUUAGAAGACAGCGAGUACAGGACCUUAUGGCGCAGAUGCAGGGCCCGUAUAACUUCAUGCAGGACUCUAUGCUGGAGUUUGAGAACCAAACACUUGACCCUGCCAUUGUGUCUGCACAGCCCAUGAAUCCAGCGCAGAAUUUGGACAUGCCACAAAUGGUUUGCCCUCCAGUUCAUGCUGAGUCAAGACUUGCCCAGCCUAAUCAAGUUACUGUGCAACCAGAAGCUACACAGGUUCCCUUGGUUUCUUCGACAAGUGAGGGAUAUACAGCCUCCCAGCCCAUGUAUCAGCCUUCUCACACAACAGAGCAACGGCCACAGAAAGAAUCAAUUGACCAGAUUCAGGCUUCAAUGUCACUGAAUGCAGACCAGCCCCCAUCAUCAUCAUCGCUUCCCACUGCAUCCCAGCCACAGGUGUUCCAGGCUGGAUCUAGCAAACCUUUGCAUAGUAGCGGAAUCAAUGUUAAUGCAGCUCCAUUCCAAUCCAUGCAAACAGUAUUCAACAUGAAUGCACCUGUUCCUCCUGUUAAUGAGCCAGAAACCCUUAAGCAGCAAAGUCAGUACCAGGCCAGUUACAACCAGAGUUUCUCCAAUCAGCCUCACCAAGUAGAACAAUCAGAUCUUCAGCAAGAACAGCUUCAGACAGUGGUUGGUACUUACCAUGGUUCCCCGGACCAGACUCAUCAAGUGGCAGGUAACCACCAGCCAUCUCCCCAACAGAAUACUGGAUUUCCACGUAACAGUCAGCCUUAUUACAACAGUCGAGGAGUGUCUCGUGGUGGAUCACGUGGGGCUCGUGGCUUAAUGAAUGGUUACAGGGGACCUGCAAACGGAUUUAGAG